AUGACUUCACUGCUCUACUCCCCUGCGAUCGAGUACAUCUCCCAACUUGGUCGAAUCAUUCUCUCCCCCCUGUUGACAGGCCCAUUGCUUCUCAUAGCCACCCAUGCUCCUCAUCUCGCCCAUGAUGCUCUUGCCUCUGUCAUUAGUAGGCUGCCAGACUCAGUCACGGAAUCUUUGAAGCCUGCAACUAUCAAGCUUGCUUUGCAAGUUCUUGUGGGCCUGGGCUUGAUUAGGUCCUUCAACAAGACCCUCAACACUAUGGCUUCCAAUUCUUGGCGUCUUAGAGCAAGCAAAGGCUGGGACUGGCCGAACGAGAUUGCUGUCGUCACCGGGGGUUCGAGCGGAAUAGGCAAGGACAUUGUCAAAAGGCUUGUCAGCCUUGGUGUUCGGGUCGCUGUCCUGGAUGUCCAAGACUUGCCAAAAGACUUGCAAGAGAACCCGCGUGUCUCUUUCUACCACUGCGACGUUACCUCUGCCGAGUCUGUCGCAGAAGCCGCCGACGGUCUUCGCCGGGAACUUGGGCAUCCAUCCAUCCUCAUCAACAACGCCGGCAUUACCAAGCCAACUCCCAUUCUCAAGAUGCCCGAGUCAUUUCUCCGCAGAAUCUUUGGCGUCAAUGUCAUGGCUUUGUGGUUCACCACCCAACAGUUUCUUCCCCGCAUGAUACAGCUGGACAAGGGUCACGUAGUCACGGUUGCAAGCAUCGCAUCGUUUGUUGCACUUCCAACUGGGGCAGACUACUCGGCCACGAAAGCUGGGGCGUUGUCAUUUCAUGAGUCUCUGGCAUGUGAGCUGAAGCACUUCUACAAGUCUCCAAAUGUCCUAACAACUGUCGUCCACCCCAAUUUCGUCAGAACUCCUCUCGUUGAGGACUUUGCAGAUCACCUCGAAGGCUCAGGUGUUCGGUUUCUCACAAGCGAUCAAAUUGCUAGUGAAGUUGUUGGGCAGGUAAAGAGCAGAAGGGGUGGCCAGCUUAUUAUCCCACGGUCUGCGUCAGCCAUCUCGGGUAUUCGAGGGUGGCCGACCUGGCUUCAAGAGCUGCUGCGCGAUGGUAUUGGGAAAGGUGCAGUGCGGUAG